AUGUCGUCGCAGUCGGCCAAGAAUCUCCGGUCCGAGCCGCUCAACGACGCCGACAGCAAGUGGAUUGGCCUGCGCGCGAUCCACUGGAAGGACCCCACAGGCAAGGAGCGCAAGUGGGAGAGCGCCGACCGGCGGACGCGCAAGGGCGACGUGGACGCCGUCGCGAUCUGCACCCUCAUCCACCGGCCUUCGUCGGAGCCGCACCUGCUCCUCAUCUCGCAGUACCGGCCGCCCGUGGGGAGGAGCGUCAUCGAGAUGCCGGCGGGCCUCGUCGAUGCGGGCGAGGAGGGCGACGACGGCGCGACGAGGGCUGCUCUGCGCGAGCUGGAGGAGGAGACGGGCUAUGGCACGACAAAGGACGGCGCCAAGGUCGACGUCAAGGAGACAACCAACAUCAUGUACAAUGAUCCGGGAAUGACAGGAGCAAACAUGAAACUGUGCAUCGUCCGGAUCGACGUCGCAGACGAUGCACCCGAUCCUGUGGCGAAGCCAGACGAGGGCGAGAUCAUCGAGAAGCACCUCGUCCCUCUCCGUGGCCUCACCAACAGCCUCAGUGACUUCCAAAAGAAGGGAUACGCCGUCGAUGCUAGGCUCGCCCAUCUGGCAGUCGGCCUCGAACUAGGCUUUGGCAAUCUGGGCGCGAGCAAGAUGUGA